AGCAAACAAGAGCAAGAAAAAAGUGCGCUUGUUCUUUUAUAUUAUAAUUCGUUUGGGAAAAUAACAAAAUAUUUUAAUUAUUUACAAAAUUUAUGGUGAAAUAGAAUAUAAUAUUAUAAUAAAAACAAAAUUUAUAUAAAUAUAAACUAAAAUAUUAAUAAAACAACAAGAAAACAUGGCCCAAAAUGCACCACCUUCACAAGAUGUACAGGAUAUACAAUUCAAAUUACACGAUAAAUUCACAAUAUUUCCCGAGUCAAAAGAAGUGAAAAGUUUGGUUAGUUUAUUGGCUGUUUCCUCUGCCAAAGGUCUACUGUUUGCCGGUAAUCCACAUAGCAAGGAGUUGAAAGUUUUUAAAUUAAGAGAUAUAGUUGAUGGCAAAACUUCUGGACAGGAAUUAAAAGCUCGUGUAGUAAAUUUACCGGGUGAACCUAAGGUUUUAGCUUGCAGUUGUGAUGGUUCUAUGCUGGCGGUUAAUUAUGUUUUAAACAAUACCGGUUUCUUACAAAUCUAUCAAGUGGAUAGUUUUUUAACUGCGACCCCAACUUCUUUGUAUAAUCUACCCGUUGCUCCCGAAAGCAAUGUUUUCGCUUUACAAAUGCUUUGGAACCCGGUAAUACCCAAUAAUAUUGCUUUGAUUUUAACCGAUGGUUCGGUGGCCAUGUUUACUUUGAAUAAUGGUCAAUAUGAUAAAGUUACUUUGGGUAAAGAGCAUCAAGUUAAAGCUGGCUGUUGGUCUCCUAAAGGUAAACAAAUUGUUUUUGGUUUUGCCGAGGGUAAACUGCAACAAUUCAAACCCAAUUUACAGCCAGCUAGAGCCAUCCCUUGUCCUCCCGGUAUACAUCCGGGACCAUUUGAUUGUAUAGCGGUGCACUGGUUGUCAACAUUUCAAUUUGCCGCUAUUUUCCUGCAACGAGGCCAGGAAAUGUGUCCCUCAUUGUUCAUAGUUAAUGCUCCUAAGGCUGGUCAGCCGUCCUAUAUCAAUUACUAUGAUAUUUGCUAUAGUGCUCCUGGACCACGCAUACAGCAAUUGUCUUUUAACCACAUAGCCCAAUGGAAUCUGUUAUUGGUUACUUCAGCCAAUGGUGUUGAGGUGGGUGUAUUGGGCACUAAAGAUGCGGGCGAUAAUCCCAAUUGGAUACAGUAUACUUUACUGGAUGAGGCUCGCAUAGAAAUGCCUUUGACCGAGUCAAAAGAUGAAACUUAUCCCUUAGGUUUUGCCUUUGAUACCGCCUCUUCUCAUCAAGUGCUUGUAGGAGAAAAGAAACUACCCGUAAUGCCCAUGAUUCAUGUCUUAUCGACUCAUGGUCAUUUGGUUUCCUAUAAUUUUUUGAAUUUGGCACCUAAUGCUGUAGAUGUUUGUUCACCACCUCCCCCGUUAAAUGAUGUAUCGGGACAGUUUGUACCUUUAAAGCAAACUAUUGCUGCUGCAGCUGCUUCUGCUCCUGCAAAUCAAACUAAGCCUCAGUUUGGAGAAAAUAAACCACCAACAUCUGGUCAAGGUUUUGGUGAUAUGACCUUUUCUACUGGUUCCAAUAUGGUCACCUCAACACCGGCUAUAAAGGACAAACCAGUACCUUUAUUUGGUACACAACCAGCAGCGGCUAAACCAACAGCAGGUUUUGGCUUCAGUACAAAUACUCCAGCAGCUUCAUCUGUAACCACAGCACCUGCAAACAAUAAACCCUCAACAGGAUUUGGUUUUGGAUCGGCAACAACUACAACAACAUCCGCAGCACAACCAUUUUCUCAACCCUUUGGUGGUGCCAUGACAACAGGAACACCUUUUGGUGGAUUUUCAGGAACAGGUUUUACUGCCAAACCUAAUGAAGCUCCCAAACAGCAGCCUACACAAACUCAAACUUCGCAAGCAGCGAAUGUAAAUAAAAAUCCAGAAGCCAACAAACCCUUGUACACAGUACCGGCCACAUUUACACCACCUAGUGUACAGCAGACACAAAAUAACAACAAAAUGGAACAGAAGACAAUACAGCCCCAAACAGCUGCUAACAAAAUGAAUUUGAAUAAUGGAGAAAUUGAUGAAGUGGUAAAACAAAUGAUAGUCAUACAAAUAGAAGCCUUUGAAAUGGAACUAAAACAUAUAGGACAACAAUCCAAACAAUUAAUGGAAAAUAUUGGUUCCCCUGAUGAAAUCAAAUCGUAUAGCAAACAAUUAAAUGAUCUACAAGAAAUUCUUGAACAGGCCAAUGAUCAUGAAUUUGAACAGGAUGUACAAAGUUUAAGACAUUCCAUGAAUGAAUCCUAUGCCAUGUUAGCUGAAUGUCGCACCAAAUUGGAUUUAUACAAUAAUCCCAACUUGAACCGUUUAUCUACUGUUUCCUCUACGGAUCCCACUAGUCGUCGUCAACUGGCUAAACUACAGUCCUAUGUCGCUUCAAAUCAAAAUCAAUUGUCUCAAUUGAAUCAGUUAAUUGAUGCACAAUGGUCUCAAUAUCAAGAUGUUGUAAGAAGAAAUUCCAAGAAUCAAAUGCAUAUUCCUUGUUUGGAUGGUAUUUAUCAGCGAAUGUCAAAGUUGAAAGAUCUAUUGGCAAGACAAAGGACAAAAAUGAAUUAUAUUAAAACUAAAUUAAAGCAAAAGGGCUUAAACUAUAAGCCGCCCAGUGAGGUGGAUGUUACUUCGGUGGCUGUGGGUGCUUUGACGAAAAAUCAAAGCACCAUGGAAUCUUUAGCCGAUUCCAUUCUAUCCAUGAGCUUAUCACAGGUGGUUUCUCAAACUCAAGCUAAAUUGUCGGAAGACAAAUUAAAUGCCAUACGAGAUUUCACCAGAAGGCAACAACAAAUUGCCAUAAUCAAACCCAAACGACCAGAUCGCAUAGGACUGAAAUCAGAAGUUAUUUUAGAAACUAAAUUGGAAACUGAGCGCAAACAAAAGGAAAUGGCUAAAAAGCAGCAGCAACAACAACAAAUGCAACAGCAGCAAUAUGUGCAACAACAACAAAUUCAACAGCAGCAAUAUGUGCAACAACAACAGCAGCAGCAACAACAGUAUGCAGCUUAUAAACAACAAACAAACAUGCAAAAAGUUGUGUCAUCCAAACCUCAAGAACAACAACAAAACUAUCAAACACAACUACAGCAGCAAUUAUUAAAACCACAAGCAACUAUAUCAACAUCACAACAACAACAACCAACACUUUUAGCCAAACCAACAGCCUCUAAACCAAACAUAGUAUCCUCACAACCACCCACAUUCAUAACGCCCACAUCAUCAACAGCUGCUACUUUAUCUUUUGGUGGCAAUAGUUCAUUUGUUAAAACAUCCAUCUCAACAUCUGCACCAAAAACUGAUGAAACCAACAAACCUUUAGCCACCUCUACAGCUUUUACCGGUUUUGGCAUGACCACCUCACAGUCAUCUUUGAGCUUUAAUCCAGCUAAACCUCUACACAAUACUGCUGCGGCCAAUGAAAGUAAAGAAAAUCAACAACCUACUAAUACGCCAAUAUCAUUUUCCGCCAAAGUAAUUGGUGGUAAUGAUGCUAAACCAUUUGCAAAUUUAGGCAAUAAAACGACAACGCAAACUAAUGCAUUGCAACAACCGCCAGCACAAGGUUUUGCAGCUUCUACUUCUAGUGGGUUUUCAGCAUUUGCCAAUACAAAAGCCACAACACAAACAAGUAAUCAAACAAAAGAUAAUACUAAAAAGCCAGAAGAAGCUCCUAAACAAUUUGGCUUUGUAACAGCUUCUUCAACAGCAACAACAUCCACUUCUUCUGCAACAUCAACAGCACCGUCUACUGCUUUUGGUGGUUUUGGAGGCUCUACUAAACCAGCUACCACUGCAGCGCCAUUUUCUACACCACUUUUUGGUUCGACUAGCUCAACUACCACUUCUACACCUUUUGCGACUUUAUCUUCAUCCUCUUCAUUUUCUUUUAAUGCCAAUGUUUCUACAACAGCAGCAACGACAGCUUCAACAAAAUCGGUAACCACUACCACCACAACUUCUGCUAUGCCCGCAGCAACUGCUGUUACAGCAAAACCUGCGGAUAUAAAAACUACUCAAACUGCUGCUGCUUCUACAGCUUCCAGUGUUACAGUAACAAGUGCCGCCACCAGUUUUAGCUUUAUAAGCCCAGCAGCUGGCAACACCACCACAGUGACUUCUACCAAAUCUACGGCAGCGCCGAACGUUACCAUAACAUCAACAGGCUUACCGGAACCUAAACCUGCUGCUACGGCUACAACAACUUCAACUAGUGCACCAACUCCUACAGCAACAGCUGAUCCUACAGAUUCUCUAUUUGGUUCGCUUAAUAUUUGCAAACCAACAGCUAAAGAAGCUGCAGGAGAUUCUAGCAAACCAGCUAAUAUAUUCUCCGUAUUUGCCGCCGCUACGUCGACUGCAUCAAGCGGAGCGUUUUCUUUUGUUUCGGCCAGUGGUGCUGGAGAUGGUGCGAAAUCAUUUUUGGGUACGACAAGUACAACCGGAACAACUGCCAGUACAGGAUUUUCAUUUGUCUCAGCUGCCAGUACUACACCGGCAACAACAGCGAAUAUUUUUGGAACAUCAGCCACUGCAGGAACAACAGCGGCAGCUACCGACACAACAACCACCACAUCAACAACAGCUACAGCUGUAACAAGCACAGCUGCUGCUUCCACUAACGCUACAACAACAUCUUCAUUUACAUUUGCUACAGCACCGGCUCCGGCCACAGCUUCUACUGCUGGUUCAUUGUUUGGCUCGCUUUCUCUGUCCUCUGCCGCCACAACUGCAGGUACUGCUACGACCACUUCGGCUCCAGCAGCUGGUAAUAUAUUCGGUGGAGGAUCUUCGGUGUUUGGACAAACAAGCACAGCUGGCACUACAAGUACCACAACAUCGAUAUUUGGAGGCGGUGCAGCAGCAGCUUCUUCAGCACCUUCUUUGUUUGGUUCUACAGCUCCUGCCACAACAACCGCCGCUACACCUGGAACAGGUUCCAUUUUUGGAGCCGCUGCAGCUGCUACAGCACCAGCGGGUGGUAGCGUCUUUGGAGGCAUACCUAAACCAGAUCAAUCCGUUUUUGGAACUGGUUUAUUUGGAGCAACUGCUGCAACAACUAAAUCUCCAGCAGCCACAGGAGGCAGUAUCUUUGGUGGUGGUUCAUCAACAGGAUUUGGUGGUUCAACAGCUGCUGGCUCCAUUUUUGGUGGUUGUGCUAGUAAUGCAGCCAGUCCUUUUGGCUCUACAGCAUCAGCAAAUACAGCUGGUUCUAUAUUUGGAGCGGCGGCGGCAGCAACUAAACCUGCCGAAGGUGGUAGUAUCUUCGGUUCACCCACACAACAAACGGCCUCUAGUGGUGGUUCACUAUUUGGAAAAAGUACUUUUGGAGCACCAGCUGCUCCACAAACAGCUGGAGGUAUUUUUGGAGGUGCCGCUGCCCAAUCGCCCACUUCGGGAGGUUUUGGCGCUUCAGGAGGUUCCAUAUUUGGAGGUUCUACUACCGCUAAUACUUCAGCAUCAGGAGGUUCAAUCUUUGGAGCAGCAGCCGCUACAACGGCACCAGCUUUUGGUGCAUCACCUGGAUUCGGCUCCUUCUCACAGCCAUCUUCGGCUCCUGCUUUUGGUUCACCCUCGGCUGGUGGUUUUGGUGCUGCAGCAACCACAGGAUUCGGUUCGCCUCAACAGCAAGGUGCUUUUGCCAAACCAGUUUUCGGUGGUCCUGCUUCAUUUGGUAGUCCUCAACCAGCUUUUGGUGCCCAACCCACAUUCGGAGGAGCUCCAACAUUUGGCAGUCCCAAAGGUUUCGGUUCAUUUGCAGCAACAUCUCCAACAGCCACCGGUUUCGGUGCAGCCGCUCAAGCUUCAGCAGCUCCUAAGGGUAAUAUUUUCGAAACAUUAGGCUCUCAAGACUCGGGUUUGUCAUUUGGAAAUUUGGCUCAUUCUACACAGGCUCAGCAACAGAAACCCGCUUUUGGAGGUUCUUCUUUCAUGAACUAUCGUUCUUAAAUGUUUGUAAAAAAACGCCUUUAAGCGUUGUUCUUUAUUUUUAUUAAUUUUUUUUUUGUGUAAUUAUUUUUUUUCUAAAUUUAUUGUUCUUUUGUA